CUCAGUUUCAUCUCUGACCACAACCAUGACGACGGCCGUUAUCAAGACGGGAUUCCAUCCCGCAACUUGAAAUAAUGUCAACAGGGACAUUCUUUUCGCCAUGGAGCCCAUAUCAAUAGCAAUGAUAACGGAUUUCUUUCAUCCAAAUGUUGGUGGGGUAGAGAAUCACGUCUACAUGUUGAGCGCCAAUCUGAUAAAGCGUGGCCAUAAGGUCAUCGUUAUAACACACAGCCAUGCACCCGAUCGCGUUGGCAUUCGCUGGCUCUUUCCUUCGCUCAAAGUAUACUACCUCCCUUUUGUACCCAUUGCUUCUUCUGCGACGUUGCCCAACUUUUUCACCUUUCUGCCUUACCUCCGGACGAUUCUCAUUCGGGAGCACAUUCACCUCAUCCAUGCCCAUGCCAGUCUAUCCUCCCUUGGCCACGAAGGAAUCCUGCAUUCCCAUCUACUUGGUAUCAGAACAGUGUUCACUGACCAUAGUCUGUUUGGAUUCGAAGACGCUGCGAGCAUCCUAACGAACAAGCUCCUAGCGGGGACGCUGAGGAAUGCCGAUGCGGUCAUUUGUGUCUCUCAUACUGGGAGGGAGAACACCGUCCUUCGAGGAGAACUCGUUGACGAGUCAGGCAGAGUCCGGGAGAACGUGUACGUUAUCCCAAAUGCACUGGUGCCGGAGCAUUUUCGGCCGGACCCUCCGAAAUCCAGCGAUACUGUAACCAUCGUCGUCGUCUCCCGACUUGCAUACCGCAAAGGCAUCGACCUCCUCAUUGCCACCGCCCCCCGUAUCUGCAAUGCCUUCCCCAACGUACGCUUCGUCGUCGGCGGCGAUGGCCCCAAGCUUAUCGACCUCCUCCAAAUGCGCGAAGAACUCAACCUUCAAGACCGCAUCAAGCUCCUGGGUUCCAUUAGACCCAAUGAUGUCCGCUCAGUCCUCACGCAAGGCGCUAUAUUCCUCAAUACUUCCCUCACAGAAUCUUUUGGCAUUGCCAUCCUCGAAGCAGCGUGUGCAGGGCUAUAUGUGGUGUCUACGCGUGUGGGCGGGGUGCCGGAGAUUCUCCCAGACGACAUGAUCAGCUUUGCAGAGCCUGAAGAGGAUGAUGUCUUCCGUGCUAUAUCAGAGGCUAUCGACAUCAUCUCCUCAGGGAGACAUGAUCCUCUCCGUGCACACGAGAAGAUCAAGACAUUCUACGAUUGGGCGCAGGUCGCGGAGCGCACCGAGGUGGUGUAUGAUACCGUUGUCAAGUCAAGACAGAUGGAACUCUGUGAGAGGAUGAAGAGAACAAUGGGACUAGGUCCCUUUGCAGGACCGAUCUACUUGAUCAUCCUUGUUGUGGACUGUCUGUUUUUCUUGUUUUUGGAGUGGUGGAUCCCGAGAGACGAUAUGGAUUUCGUUGUUAAUCAUUGGGAUCAUGAUCGGUUUGUUCAGUGCGUCGAGCAAGAACAGGGGAAUAACAUUCGCUAAUCAGUAACUAUUUGGCGGCUCCUUCGCUAUCGACGUUUAUCGUUGCCCAUCAUAUGGAGCCGUACUGC